AUGGACUUCUACGGCCCUUGGAGCAAAACUGGUUUCAAAGCUCUGAGGAAACGAGCGGAUGCGGCCGGCAGAGUGAUACUGGCCCAGUUGGGAUCAUAUCUCAAAACAACCUUCGACAAGGCUUCUUUCAUGGAGAGUGCCAAAGAGUUCGUGAAGAUUUUUCCUGUUGACGGUUUCAGUGUGGGCAUUAGAACAUCCGAUCCCAGUAGAUACCAACUUGUGAAGGAACUUGUCGCGGCUAUUAAAGAGCUCAACCUACGGCCCGAACUCAAACAAACCGGCAUAGGGAAGAUGGUCGAUAAUGCCGUUCUUCUUCCGUGGCCAAGUGACACGAACGAGUCCAUAGAAAACUUCAAUACGAACCGUGUCGCCGAAUAUAUGAUCAAAGAUGCCGUCAAAGCUGGUGUAGAUUUCAACAAGCUUAUUUUUUACAUACCACUAAUCGCUAGGGCAACCUACUCCAGCUCGGUCUUGGGAUACUCGAAUGUAAUCUGCUUUGGUGCCGACCCCAGGGGCAACGGAUCAGUCAUCUUCCCGGAUGGGAGCGGCUACUAUUUCUUUUCACAAACUCGUGCAAUCGAGAAAGUUGACCUGGCAAAGAAGUACGGACUGCACGGCGUUGGACUACAAGGCGGCGAGUCUAGUGAUAAUGAUCUGUACCCUUGGGACACAGACUCCUUGUUUCACGCUAUUGCUUCAACUCGCGGACGAUCCCUCACAGAGUAG